AUGGUCGGUGACAACAUUCCUAAACUUGCGGUUCUUAUUGACGCGGAAAAUGCGCGGUCCUCCGUCGGGGACUGGACUAAGCCUCAUCUACAGGACUGGAAGGGCGAGCUCCUUGAGAGAUCGAUCCAACCAAUCCAGCAGUUCGCGUAUACGCACGGCAAGAAUGCGACCGACUCAGCUAUGAUUAUAGACGCGAUGGAUCUCCUGUACUCUGGGUUCACUGACGUACAGUGCGAGCCGCCGCCAUCCUCGGGUCCCGACAAUAAUGAUAUCUUAGCACGGAUUCAGAGAUUGGAAGACCUCAUUCUUCGAUCGCAUGGCGUGGUAGAUCGCUCACCAGUUGAGCCGACCUCGCAGUCUUCCGCCGCACCAUCGUAUAUGCCUGAGGGCGAAGGAGACUCAAAGUUCCUGGAAGAGGUUUGCUCUCGUGAGCCAUCAGUGAUAUCGGAUCUCUCCAACGGUGUCUCAUUCCACAUCCUCUCCAUCCAACAAGCACUGUACGGUGACCCUAAUUCGGGAGAGUCACCGGGUAAUAAUUCGCGAGUUAUAAAAGCAUGGCUGCCGCCAAAGAGCGAAGCGUCGUGA